GGCGGUGUUUGUGGCCAACAACGCUGGAGCGCGGUGAUUGGUCAAAAAGCGGUAUUUUGGCCGGCUCUGUAAGGCGCAACUUCGCGAAAUCGACCGCAGUCAUGUCGUCCCUUACUCCUGUCGCGCGGGCCAUCUUGAAGAACCCUCCGGGCCGCGUCGCCGGGACGAACCUCACGGCCACCGUCUUCGGCGCCACGGGCUUCCUCGGCCGCUACGUCGUGGCGCAGCUCGGCAAGACGGGCUGCACCGUGGUCACGCCGUACCGCGGCGACGACCUCGAGGCCCGCCACCUCAAGCUCAUGGGCGACCUUGGCUCGAUCGCGCAGGUGCCGUUUAGCGUCCGCGACAAGGACUCGCUCCGCGAGUGCGUCGAGGGCUCGGACAUUGUCAUCAACUUGAUUGGCAAGCACUACGAGACAAAGCACAUCGUGCCGUGGUGGAUCAACUACACGUACGACGACGUGCAUGUCGACGCGGCGCGUGACAUUGCUGAGGUGUGCGCCGAGAUGGGCGUGCCCCGUCUGAUUCACUUUUCGAGCACGCUCGCCAAGCCCAACUCGGCGUCGAUGUGGGCGGCCUCCAAGUACCGCGGCGAAGUCGCCGUGCGCAAGGCGUUCCCGAAGGCCAACAUUGUGCGCUCGGCCAUCAUGUACGGCUCGGAAGACAAGUUUUUGAACUGGUAUGCGAACCGCAUGUCGACGGGCGGCAUCCCGCUCAUCGACAACGGCGCCGCGCGCCUCCAGCCCGUGAACGUCACGGACGCGGCCCAGGCCUUGUACGCGCUCUGCGUCGACAAGAGCAUUGAGGGCGAGACGUUUGAGCUCUACGGUGACGAAGAGUACUCGGCCAAGGAGAUUGUCGACUACAUUGUCGACGUGACAAAGGAAGACCCGAACCUCCUCAACCUGCCGCUGCCGCUCGCCGAAGUCGUCGGCAAGGUCGCGCAGCUCUUCCCGGACCCCAAGUUUACGCACGACUUGGCGAUCCGCAUGGCCAUGGACCAGGUCAAGACCGGGUCGCUUCCUGGCUUGCGCGAGCUCGGUGUCGAGCCGACCAAGUUGGAGAAGGAAGCCUUCUCGUUCCUCUUCAAGUUCAACAAGGGCGGCCACUUCCAGGAGGUCUCGGGGUACCAUUAAAGCUGUGUUGUCGCGCGACGAGGAGCCCGACUUGUACGAUUGCCAAUACGACAGUGCAUUCUUGUUCACA